AUGUCAUCGACUAUAUUUUAUAAGUUUUUAUCCCAGAAAACUCAAUCCACUAUUCAUUUUGAUGGGACGGGUAUAAGUGUGUUUGAUUUAAAGCAUGAAAUCAUAUUACAGAAUCAACUUGGACAAGGUACAGAUUUUAAUUUGAGAUUGUAUCACCUGGAACAACCAGACUUGGAAUACGAAAACGAUCAAGAUGUUAUACCUAGAUCAUCCUUUGUUUUAGCUAAAAGAUCGCCCAGUUUAUCGAAGAAUGGGAAAUUCAAUAAUGCUUCAAGAUAUGUUAGUGGAAAACCACGUAUUAAUAAGAAGAUGGUGAAUACGACGGCGACUAUGGUGGCCAACGGAGCGGCAAAUAAGAAUGAGAGUAGGCCAGUGGACGAAAGCAUAUCAGAAGAGGACCGUAUCAAAUUGAUGUUCGAAAAUCAAUCCAACGCAUGGGCGCAAACGCAAGAUGAACUUUCUACACAUAAGGUGGUAUACAAUAAACCAUCCGCCACCGGUACUAAUCCAGAAGACAUACCACCACCAGGAUAUAUGUGUUAUAGAUGUGGUGGCAAGGACCAUUGGAUUAGAAAUUGUCCUACUAAUACUGAUCCUAAUUUUGAAGGUAAAAAAAUUAAAAGGACUACCGGUAUCCCAAAGUCAUAUUUGAAGACUAUCUCCAAAGAGGCAGCUACAGCGGCAGAAAAUAAUAAUGAUGGAUCAGAUAAUCAAAUUACAACGAAUGAGAAUGGUGACCUCGUGGAUCAACAGGGUAAUACAUAUAUGAUCACUGAAACUGGUGAGUACGUUAUUGCAAUGGCAGAUAAUAAGACUUGGCUUAAUUACCAACAAAAGCAACAAAAUGCUGCAAUGAAGGCAAAACAGGAAUUUGAGUUAAAGAUCCUAGAAUGUAUCGAGAAGGACCAAAGGACAGAGUUCUUGGAUCCUUUGGCAAGCCCGAACAAAAAAUUAUUGGCACCACCAAUAGUUAUGACAGCAUGCUGUCAAUCUAAAGAAAGCUUAAAGAAAAUGACAAACUUUAAUUACCACCAACCUACUUUGGAACAAAUAUUGAUUGAAAACGACUUCCACUGUCCAAACUGUAAUUCUGAAGAUGUCUUCAUAGAUACACUUAUACGAAAUGAAGAGUUAGAAUCGAGUCUCCAGGAUUAUAUCAAGGAAAAGGAGGAACAAUUAGGUAUUGAAGAUCCCACUACUGCGGCAAAUAAUGCCAUGAAGAGAUCUAGCGAGGGCGAUGAUGAUCAACCAGACGCAAAGAGACAAAACAUUGGAUUACCUCUGAGACCAAAUAUGCUUCCGAUGGUUCCGCCAUUUGGAAUGCCUCCAGGUAUGCCAAUGCCUCCUAUGCCUAUGGCUAUGAAUCCAAACAUGCCAAUGCCACCAAUGUUUAUGCCACCCGUUCCACCACCAUUUGCAAUGAACAAUCAACCUCAACAAAAGAAGUAA